CAGACGUGAGACCAGUGCAGGGGAACGGGAAUAACACACCGCCGUACGCCUGUUCUCUCUCUUCCACCGGAGCCGCGGCUAGAACAUGGCAGAUCGUGCAGUGUUGACGAGAAACACCUAGUCGAUGUGCUCGGCGUCGCCUCUUCUGCUGCGGAAGGCUUCGACAUUUCCUCAGGAUUAACAACACCACCAAAUGAACUCCGUCAGAGCCAGUAACGUUAGCAGAAGACCCAGGCGAGUGUCGAGGCCGCGCCCGGUGCAGCCGGAGAGGAACCACCAGGAAAGAGAUGAGGACGUCCCUGCAGAUAUGGUUGCAGAAGAAUCCGGUCCAGGAGCUCAGAACAGUCCCUACCAACUUAGAAGAAAGUCUCUUCCCAAGAGAACUGUGUGUCCGACAAAGACCAACAUGGAGGGUGCUUCCACUUCAACCACAGACAACUUUGGACACCGACCUAAGCGUCCAAGAGUUUCAGGAAAGUGUCCAGAAUUACCAGCAGCUCCAGCAGAGCAGUACUUGCAGGAGAAGCUUCCGGACGAGGUGGUGCUAAAGAUCUUCUCGUACCUGUUGGAGCAGGACCUGUGCCGUGCCGCAUGUGUGUGCAAACGCUUCAGUGAGCUGGCCAAUGACCCCAUCCUAUGGAAGAGGCUUUACAUGGAAGUUUUUGAAUACACACGACCCAUGAUGCACCCUGAGGCAGGGAAGUUCUACCAGAUAAACCCAGAAGACUACGAACAGCCAAACCCGUGGAAGGAAAGUUUUCAGCAGCUGUAUAAAGGAGCACAUGUUAAACCAGGCUUUGCAGAACACUUCUACAGUAAUCCUGCCAGAUACAAAGGGAGAGAUAACAUGUUUUAUUAUGACACCAUCGAGGACGCGCUCGGAGGGGGUCAGGAGCCUCACUUUGACGGCCUCAUAUUCGUCCACUCUGGCAUUUACACAGACGAGUGGAUCUACAUCGAGUCGCCUAUCACAAUGAUCGGAGCAGCUCCUGGAAAAGUAGCAGAGAAAGUCAUCAUUGAGAACACCAGAGACUCCACGUUUGUAUUCAUGGAAGGCUCAGAAGAUGCUUACGUUGGCUACAUGACCAUUAGGUUCAAUCCUGAUGAUAAAUCCGCCCAGCACCACAAUGCACAUCACUGCUUGGAGAUUACAGUCAACUGCAGCCCCAUCAUCGACCACUGCAUCAUACGCAGCACGUGCACAGUGGGUUCAGCAGUCUGUGUCAGCGGCCAAGGUGCUUGUCCCACGAUCAAGCACUGCAACAUCAGUGACUGUGAAAAUGUCGGACUUUAUAUCACCGACCAUGCACAGGGAAUAUAUGAAGACAACGAGAUCUCCAACAACGCUCUGGCUGGGAUCUGGGUGAAGAACCAUGGCAAUCCAAUUAUCAGAAGGAAUCACAUCCACCACGGCAGGGACGUGGGUGUUUUUACAUUCGACCACGGCAUGGGUUACUUUGAGAGCUGCAACAUUCAUAGGAACCGUAUAGCCGGCUUUGAGGUAAAGGCCUACGCCAAUCCAACGGUGGUCCGCUGCGAGAUCCAUCACGGCCAGACGGGGGGGAUCUACGUGCACGAAAAGGGCCGUGGCCAGUUCAUCGAAAACAAGAUCUAUGCAAAUAACUUUGCGGGAGUGUGGAUCACGUCGAACAGUGACCCCACAAUAAGGGGCAAUGCCAUUUUUAAUGGCAAUCAAGGUGGCGUCUACAUUUUUGGUGACGGCCGAGGCCUCAUCGAAGGCAACGAUAUCUACGGUAACGCCCUAGCAGGAAUCCAGAUCAGGACAAACAGCUGCCCAAUUGUCAGACACAACAAGAUCCAUGAUGGCCAACAUGGCGGCAUUUACGUGCAUGAAAAAGGACAAGGCGUCAUCGAGGAGAAUGAGGUGUACAGCAACACGCUGGCAGGAGUGUGGGUGACAACAGGCAGCACGCCAGUACUGAGGAGGAACAGGAUACACAGCGGGAAGCAGGUUGGGGUCUACUUCUAUGACAAUGGCCAUGGGGUGCUGGAGGACAAUGAUAUCUACAAUCACAUGUACUCUGGAGUUCAAAUUAGGACUGGCAGCAAUCCUAAGAUCAGGCGGAACAAGAUCUGGGGAGGCCAGAAUGGAGGCAUUUUGGUCUACAACUCAGGCCUGGGCUUUAUCGAGGACAAUGAGAUCUUUGACAAUGCCAUGGCUGGAGUGUGGAUCAAGACGGACAGCAACCCCACUCUGCGGAGAAAUAAGAUCCACGACGGGAGAGAUGGUGGGAUCUGUAUAUUCAAUGGAGGAAGAGGUUUGCUAGAAGAAAAUGACAUCUUCAGAAAUGCCCAAGCAGGAGUCCUCAUUAGCACCAACAGCCACCCGGUCCUGCGGAAAAACAGAAUAUUUGACGGUUUUGCUGCAGGUAUUGAGAUCACCAAUCAUGCCACAGCGACCCUAGAGGGAAACCAGAUCUUCAACAAUCGCUUCGGGGGAUUGUUCCUGGCAUCUGGUGUCAAUGUUACGAUGAAAGAUAAUAAAAUAAUGAACAAUCAAGAUGCAAUUGAAAAGGCUGUUAGCAGAGGUCAGUGCCUGUACAAGAUUUCAAGUUACACCAGCUACCCAAUGCAUGAUUUUUACAGGUGUCACACCUGUAACACCACAGACCGCAACGCCAUCUGCGUGAACUGCAUCAAGAAGUGUCACCAAGGACAUGACGUGGAGUUCAUCAGACACGAUAGAUUCUUCUGUGACUGUGGUGCAGGGACGCUGUCAAAUCCAUGCACAUUAGCCGGAGAGCCGACUCACGACACAGACACACUGUAUGACUCAGCUCCUCCUAUAGAGUCCAACACACUGCAGCACAACUGAGCUCCAGAGCUGAAGCCCCCUUCGCUCCAGCAGUAACGGACAUAAGACACUUUACGUUGUGCGGCGGAGGACGAAAUCCAAACUAAAGUACAGAUUCACUUUGACAGAGCAUAUACAGUGACUUUAAAAAAAAAGAGACUCUACACGAAUAUGCUACAAGGAGACAUUUAGAGGAAAAACCUAAAGUCCGAUUAUGGAUGCCUCACCUUUUUUCCUCAUCAAUUAUUUUACACAAAAAAGACUUCAGUGGGACCGAGCAGAAGAGCAGCUGACUCAGAGUUUGUGGUUGUGAAACUGAUGAGAUGGACAAAAAGCCACAGGCUCACCUGCUACUGAAGAAGUGGAGGAACGAGGUUCUGCAGCCAUGUACAGUCAGAGGAGGCACAACUUUUCUCACGAGGAGGCGAAUUCUCCAAAACACAGCAAUGCUUCCAUCACUGGGCAACCGACGUGCUCGUACGAUACGUACGGGAAAAAUGACCUAGCACUUCAGCUUUUUCUCUUCCCCCCCCUCGAGACAACUGUUGAGAUUUUGAUUUUAAUGCUUUUUGUGUAGUUUUGUAUUUUCAUGCAAAAAUCUUACUGUACUUGAAUGUCUUUAUUUUAUUAAAUGUGUUUAAAUUUGUUUUGUUAUACCCUAGAAUUGCUGUAAUUAUACUCAUGUCACGGUAUUUAACUUCUUUCUAUGAAAGAUCAGAGAAAAGAGAGGAAAACACUAAACCUUUUCUCCAGCAACGUUGACUCAUUUACAUUUUGCAAUACAGUUAAAAUAGAAGCUGCGAUGUGCUUUCACAGGACUUGUUGAUGAACGUUGUCUUUGUUAGCGAGCUGAACAGUUAUGUCUGUUUUACAUAAUCUAUGCAUAUUUUCUGUUUGUCAUUCAAAAUCCAGCAUUUUUUCUCAAGCCCGCAGUCGUUUUAAGAGUUUAGGAAUUUAGUUUAUAUACUAGAUAUUGCCUUUUUUAUUUAAUAUUAAUAUCAAACUCAUCUAUUACAUGGCUGAUCAGCUGGCUGGGGUCCAGGUAUUAUGCAUUUGUUGGGACAUUUGUAUGAUUGUACCCACUGCGGUAUACAGAUAUAUCAGUUUGGUAGAUUGCAAAAUCUAUAUAGGUCUGUUAGUCAAUGAACAGCCACACAUGCUGCUACAAGGCCAAGAUGUACAAUUUCUUUAAUAGGACAGAUUUUAUUUUUUACAUUUAAGGCUCAGAAAAAAUAAGCCGACAAGUCUUGUGAAAGCACAACAAACCGGACGUGUUUGUUCCCUCAUUUGCCAACGUUGCUGGCGAAUUGGAAAUGCUUUUACUCUACUGAAGCUGAGACAAGUACCUAUAUGGUUUCAUUUCCCCCAGCACCCCCACCCCCCCUCUCAUUCAUGUGUACUGGUGAUUGUGGGUUUUUCAUACAGACUGAAAUGUAUGCAUGUAUCAUAACAUCUAGACUUAAUAUAUUGUGAAGUAUUCAAUAACCGUUAUGUAGGCGCUAGCGUGAAUUAAAGGGGUUUAAUUUCCUAGAUGAAACAUUGUCCUUUUUUUAAAAAUAAACUUUAUUAGAUCAU